AUGGAAAUCAUCAUUGUCGGCGCCGGCAUUGCCGGUCUCUCCCUCGCCCUCGCCCUCGCCCGUGCCCCCGGCCACCACCGCGUCCUCGUCCUCGAAGCCAAGCCCGCGCUCGCCGAGCUCGGCGCCGGCCUGCAGCUGACGCCGCCCGCCACGCGUCACCUCUUUGCCUGGGGCAUGCGCGACGACCUCCUCGCGGCGUCGAUUGCGCCCGCCGAGAUGCUGGUCCGCGACGGCCGCUCCGGCGCGGCGCUGGCGGCGAUCCCGACGGGCGGCAUGGAGGAGCGGUACGGCGCGCCGUACCUGGUGGUGCACCGCGCGGUGCUGCACGGUUUGCUGCGCAGGCAUGCAGUCGCCGCCGGUGCGGAGCUGCGUCUCGGUAGCAAGGUGGUGCGGUAUGACUGGGCGGCCGGCGCGGUCGAGUUGCAUGAUGGGAGCCGCGUGGCUGCCGAUUUGGUGAUUGGCGCCGACGGCAUCAACUCGUUUGCGAGACGUCAGCUCCUAGGCGACACCAACGGAAGCGCACGGCCGACGGGCCUAGCGGCGGUCCGCGCCAUGGCCGAGGUGGCACAGAUCCAGGCCGAUCCGCAGCUCGCCUCCGUAGCCGACCUGGAAACAUUCAGCUCCCACCUGUGGAUCGCGCCGGGCAGAUCCGUCAUGGCCUAUCUCAUCAAAGAAGCCAAGCUCUUCAACGUGGUGCUCUCGCACCCCGACGACAUUGACAUGUCCCAAUUUACGCCCGACGAGUACAAGGCGUUCGCGCAGGACCUAGUCAAGGACUUUGAGCCCAGGAGGGGGGGGGGCGCGGAUAGAGUACGGCGACUCGUUGACAUUGCGCUGCCUACAAUGCAAAACUUUCCCAUUCACGCCGUCCCGCCUCUUCCACGCUGGACCUCGCCCUCGGGCCGCUUCCUGCUCGUCGGCGACGCCGCGCACGCCAUGUCCUUUUACCUCUCCAUGGGCGUCAGCCUGGCCGUCGAGGACGCCGCAUCGCUCGCCGCCGUCCUCGACCUCGUCUGCACACCACCUUCUCCUCCUCCUGCCACCACCACCACCACCGACCACAACAAGCUGCAAAAGGCUCUUCGCGUUUUUGAGCACGCCCGAAAAGAACGGGUGCAUAUCGUGCAGGAUGCCAGCCUGCACGGCGGCCACGUGCUGCAUGAGGAGGACCCCGCGGCGCGGGAAAUGGUAUACGCGGCGCUGCGCGCAGAUGGGCUGCAGGACGAGGGCAUGCCCGAGGCGACGCUGGCGACGGAGAGCCCGACAUAUGGGCUGGCGGAUCAGCGGGUGCGUGACUGGUGCUUUGCAUAUGAUCCGGCCAAGUACAUCAAGGAAUGCUAUGAAUUGAUGGCGUAG